AUGAAUCGUUGGUAUACCUCGGUGCUCUGUGUGAUGUGCUUGGCGGUAAUUGGAUUUGCCACAACCGCUAAUGCCGUGUUGAGACCUCCACCUGAUGAAGAGCAUACGCAGAUACCUCACCUACAAGGUCAGCACCAUUAUCAAAUACAAGAUGUUCAACAGCAGCAACAGCAGCAACAACAGGAGCAGAAUAAGCAACUGCAGGAUCAACAGCAGGAGCAACAGCAGCAACAACAGGAGCAGGACCAGCAACUGCAGGAGCAAGAUCAACAGCAGGAGCAACAGCAGCAACAACAGGAGCAGGACCAGCAACUGCAGGAACAACAGCAGGGGCAACAGCAGCAACAGCAGCUGGAACAAGAGCAACAACAGUUUCAAAGCAUCAAGGGUCAGCAAAGCAGCGACGAAGAAAUUGUGAAGGCCGUCCUCCAUCAUCGCCAUAAUCACUAG